CCCAGGAGGGGGCAGUAAAGACGUUUUUUGUUGUUUUAGUCACCGACACAUUUCGAAGAAGAACUUAGACCAAGGCUUUACAGAGUGAACGACGAUCGACUCAAGUUGAACGUCGUACGGUGAAGCACAGGGGUCCGAAACUUUCAGCAUCUCUGUUGCAUCACAGAAGAGACUGAAUAAAAGACCUGAACUUCUUAAUGUUGGGAAGAAUGUGAAGCUGCUGAGACGUCAACGCUCACCGGGCGACAGCUGAUGCCUGUGGAAGAGCCUGCUCUACUCCACGACCUGCUUUGUCUUCAGCUUUUGUUUUUGGACUGUUGUCUUCUCUUCUGCAGAAGUACGGCUUCCACCAUUUCAUCCUAGGCGUUGUUUAGGCAGCGCUGACACAGAUUACCAAUGCGCUGUUGGUGUCAGUGUCACAUCUGGUACCGUAAUUGUUGAGAACCUCACGUCCGCACCGUCCUUCCCUGCGGUGAGGGUGUUCAGCACCUUCACUUCUGGAGAAUUGGUAAAGCCAUGUCAUUUCCACCGUACAAUCCCUAUUCCUCCAGGAAUCAAAAUCCCACCCAACGUCCCACCGGUCGUCCAAACUUUAGUGAACAGUCAGACGUGGACCACUGGACGGCACGGCAUCGUAUGGAACCUGAUUCACACUUUAUCUCUUCUCCAUCAUUUUCUGAAACUGGUAAAAUUCCAGGAAGAACUAUCCCUCAAAUGUCAGAACUGCCGAUGACUUACAGGCCUGAACAGAUGGUGGCCAGGUCAGAAAGGGACCUUGAAAGAUCACUUGUUGGCAGAACCAGAGAAGAAUUGGUGCAGCCGCGUUCAAGCCAUGGUUCUCGCUUUUUCUCCACUCAGAGAGACGAGUUUCCUUCCACCAGUGUAGCGUCGUAUGGUGAUAUGGGCAGAGAUGGGGAGCCCCAGGAUGAAAGUGACAACAGCUCCUUGAGCUGGUUGCAGAUCUUGAAAAAGCCCACAGAGGAUAUUCCUGUGAGAUUUCAUUCUCCAGCUUCAGCCGACUAUCCCAGCAGCAGUGAUGGUCGGUUUUUUGCAUCCAGCGAGAGACGGCAAAGUAACCAAUCUGUGUCCGGUUCCAGACGUUUUGAAGACCCAACUCCAAGCGAACCAGUGCAUCCUGACGAGCCUUCCCAGUCACAGUACACUCCAGAGUUUGCCGCCGUCCUUCUGGAGAAAUUUGGACUUGAAAAAGAGGACUUGGAGUAUCUCCUGAUGUUCCCUGAGGAUCAGAUAAACUCUGAUAAUCUAGCUCUGAUCUUGAAGCAGAUUCGCCUCAUGAAGGAGAAGAGAGCUUCAACAUCACCCGACUCCGACCCCAAACCCUCCACAAGCUUCUGUGAGCCGGAGACGCAUAGCAGCCCUGAAGUGCCAGAGAUACACGAGGACGAUUUCUCUAGGAUUUUUAAACCUGCCAAAGUGAUUGACUAUGGACAUACUGGGAGCUACACUGUGGUUGAGAAAAUUAAGAACACCAGUAAAGUCACCAGUGGUGGGACUAAAAGUGUGCUUGAUGCUUAUAGUAGCAACAGUUACAAAGAACCGUUCAAACAAAGUAGGUCACCGGUUCCUUUACUUUCCCUGAUAGUUUCUCCUACAAGCUUCACCUCGAGGAGUUCUAUGACUCCCCACAGCAGCAACCUACCCAGGUUGCCACAAACUCAAUCAAACCAGGCUCCUCAAAAGGUCCACAUCCCCUUCAUUUCCCCAGAAGAUGACAAAGAUUCACCUAAAAAGCCAGUGGCCCACCAAACCCAAGCUCCAGAGAAAUUCACCCCCUCCGUAGUUCCUCCAAAGGUAGAAUCAGAUCCACCCAAACCGCAUCAGAGCCAACCAGCCCAGGCACCUGGGAUGUCCUUCACUCCCCUUGUUCUGCUAAAGAAAAAUGAAGAAGGAAGGAAAAGACCAAAGUUUUCAAGUGCCAACCUCCUGAAAAACUGUUCUUCGCAAGGGGAGGUGCAAGAUUCAAAGCCUAGUACUUCUUCAGGUGAAGGCGGCAAAGUUGGUUGCAAGCAAGAUAAUCGUACUGAAAAUCCUCGUAAAACUCAAGAGCAACAGCCAGAGGGUUUUAAAGAGCAGAGGAAAGAGAAGCUAGCAAACGUUCAACAAAGCAAAGCUGCAACGGACACAACAAAGCCACCGGCGAAGGCGCAAACCAAACCGCCUGAGGAGUCGCAUCCUUCUGUCUCCAGGUCUCUCACCACUCCUCCAGCUCAGGCAAACACAGAAGCAAAGAAGCAUUACAGUUUGUCAAAGUCCGUGUACAGCAGCUCGACUCCAAAGGUAGCGAUCUUCAGGGGUCUGCCGUCAAGGUCGAUGAUCAACGACUAUGCGUGUGCCGCACCGCCAGCCUUUCCACAUCGGUGCACUUUGUGUGACAGAAAAUUUGAGACCAUGAAGCAUUGGCUUUUCCACCACGGUUCCACCAUUCACCAUGAGAACCGCAGGCUCCUCCGGAGACAAUAUCCAGACUGGGACGGUGAGAUACAAGACAGGAGACUCUCAGAUAAAAGACCUACAACCCAGCAAAGGAGUCGUUCUCGUUCCCACAGCUCCCACCGCCGCUCGCGUUCUUGCUCACGCAGCCCACAACGCAGCCACAGGAAGGGAAAAAAGGACAGCAGCAGCUCCCGUUCCCGCUCGCGUAGCCCUCGACGUCGCCCUGACUCCAAGAGUAGGAAGACACCCUGGAGUUACAGGUCCCGGUCUCGUUCCUCAAGUCCUCGGUACAAGUCCCGCUCAACUCACCAUUACCAUUCACGAUCGAGGAGCCGCGAGAGAGAACAGAGAAAGAGAAGAGAGAGACGGUCGUCGUCGGAAAGAUCGACACCUGAACGGAGGAGGUCGACCAGUGCAGAGAGACUGGCGAAGAGACUGCUGGAAGCAUCAGGCGUCAAGUCUCUGUCAGAGCAAUCGGACUUGGAGGCGGUGGUAAAAUCUAUGACCCCUGCUUUACUGGCUGAACUCAAAAAGCGGAAGACAACAUCGUCAUCAUUUGUUGUUACAAAGCCUGCUCCCAGAGAAACGGAGGACGACCCGAACUUGGUGAAGCUCAGAGGGAUUUUCAGCAGUCACUCGUACAACGACGUGUGGAACGCCAUGGAGUCGUUUGGGAAAGUCGAGUCAAUUGUGCUGUAUAGAUCCAGACAGGAGGCCACCGUCAUUUUCCAGGACGAAGAUGAUGCAGAGAUACUUCGCAGCAUGGAGAGCUUCGACUUUAAAGGAGACACCAUCACCGUCGUCACGGAUGACUGUGUUUUCAUACCUCCUGGUUCCACUUCUGCUAAACAACAGAAGAAAUGUUGGCCUGGAGACGAAGCGGCUAAAGCAGAAACGUCUCCAGCUGCAAAGAAACGUAAAACGGAGGGAGACGGAUCGGGAAUUAAAACCGAAAAACCUGCAGCAGCUCCUGAAGAGUCGGAUGAGAAGCCUGGUGCCGCCGACACGGUGAAACCUAAAAACGGUCAGGAAGACGAUCCUGCACAAGAACAACGUCAGGAUGCAGAAGAAGACUGUGAGGGGAAGCUGGAGUCGGAACCGGCUGAAGUGGAUCCAGGUGACGAUUAUCACCUGGACCCGGAAACGUCCCUGACGGUCGGAGAUCAGCUGCAGUCGCUGCUGCUGAAAGAAGCUUUCAAGUGUUUUACAAAAGAAGAAAUAAAAUCCACCACAGAAUUUCCUGAGGUGUUUCUGAUCAGCGACCUCCCAGAUGUCGAAGCCUGCAGCUACACGGAGGAGGAGCUGAGCGAGCAGCUCGCUCCGUUUGGGUUCAAACACAAAGUCGACACCAUUUACUGCCUUCCUCAGUCCGGCCUGGCUUUGGGCAUCAUGCCGAGCGGCAAAGAUCUACGAAACCUCCUGACGGAGACGUGGGACGGCGUCGCCUUUAGGGGGCAGCAGAUCUGCAUCAGACCUGUUUGUGGCGGCUUCCCAAUGACGCCGUUCCAGUUUUAUUCCGCUCUGAUGAAACGGAUUCACUGUAACGUCACAGACGACGGGUCCAGGACCGUCUUCUUCCAUGACGUCUCUCACAGCGAAACCCGGGAGCUCAGAGAUUUCCUUAUGAACGACUUUGCGGUGAAAAACUUCCUGCCGCUUCUCAACAAGGUGUUUGUGGAGUUUGAGUCGAGCAGCGACGCGGAUCUGCUGGGGCUGUCGUACAGCAAACAGGAAGGCGGUCGCUCUCACAAGCUGCUCAGGAUGAAAGCGCCGGACGCCGUCGGCGAUUCGCCAGGGAAACACAACUUCCCACCAAACACCAAACCGCCAUUUUGGAUCACCAUGAAAACCGACCCGUUUAUCUUCCCAACGUCAUCUCCGUGGUACAACGUCCCGAAUUAUAUCAAACUUAAAAAAGUCUCCUGCUUUACGGAAGUGGAGGGUUGGAGCGUGGCGUCCUUCACCGUCAUGCUGACGAACCUGCCGGCCGGCGGCUACACGCAGGAGGACGUGGCCCGCCUGGCCUGGCCGUAUUUCCCAGAAAAGACGCUCAGGGCGCUUUGCUCCAACGUGGUCGUCCUGCCUCUGCAGAGGAGGGCCUUCGUUUAUUUCAGCGACUGGUCGACAUGCAACCGUUUUAUCAAAGAUCAUCUGAAUAAAGUUUUGAGCAUCAACGACUGCCGAGUCAAAGCGUUCCUCGCCUUGAACAUGGAGCAUCACGGCGCCAGCGAGGAGAUGUUGUACAAAAAUGUGAUGAAAUGGAGCAACAGUCCGGUUUCCGAGUCGGACCCUCUGGAGGAUCGGCUGCUGUCUGUGGAAACCUUCGACGCGUCUCCAAAUAUCGUCAGUGUGGUCAUGAGGGUGGUGGCGUCCAUCACUCCCUUCCUCAACUUCCUGCCUCUCGCCAACAGGAUCUAUAUUGAGAUGUCCGACUCCGCUGCUGUCGCUCGAGUGGUGGAGAAAGUUUUCUUCCUGGACGAUUUAACUGAAGAUGAAAACUGGACGAAAGUUGGACGCAUCGAACCGUUGGUGACUCUACAACAGCGACUGCAGCUAACUGGAAACCUUACCAUUGACCUCGAGACACAUUUGGAGUCUGUUAAGGCUGAACGACAAGUGAGGCUGAAACCCAAACCUCCAAAAGAAGAAGGAGCUGCUGGUUCCAAAUCCAAGAAGACGGAACCGAGUGAAGAAGCUCCAAAGGACGGCGAGAAACCAGAGACUGCUGUUCCAAAUGUAGCAACGUUUCCUCAAGAGGAAGACAAACCCACGGAUGGUGCAGUGGCACAGAUGGACCAGCAGGUGUCAGUGAAAACCGAUAAGUCAAAGACUGUAACUUCAGAGGUUCUGGUAGAAGAAGCAUCAAGUAGAGAUCAGCAUGACGGUUCAGAAGGUUCUGGCCCAAUUCAAGACGAGAAAGACUCUUCCAAUGUGUUUCCUGAAGCAGAAUUCUCAGAGGAAGUGAAUUUAACUGAUGAUCAGUCCGUAACUGAAUCUGAAGGUCCAAAACUAGACGAUGAUGUGAAAGAAAAAACGGAUGAUACUUCAACUCCGCCAGAGGAAAAGCCCAGAAGGAGCACAAGGAGCAAAGCAUCUAAAACUGAGGAGAAGGAAAAACCUGAGAAGAAGCAGGAGACAGCGGCUAGGAGAUAUACGACGAGAGCAAAAAACAGCAAAACAGAACAAGACGACGCACAAGAGACAGAGGAAGCUACUAGUGUGACACCAGAGGCGACUGAGGAAGAUCAACCAGCGGUACAACAGAAACCGAAGAGAGGAAGACCAAAGAAAAACACGAAGGCAGCUAAAAAACAAAUGGCCGCCCUGAAGAGGGAGAGUCUCGACCAAACUGUCAAAGAAGAACUUGACGAAACAAACUCAACGGCUUUGAAAGAAGACGUGGAGAUGGUGAUUAGCGAAGAAGAAACAACUGAAGCAAAAGAUGAACUCAGCCAAAAGGAAAAAGACGACAUAAUACCAUCUGGAGAUCUGGUGGUCUCAGAGGAGCAGAGUCCAACUCCGUUAGCUGGUGGCAUUGCCGAUGCUGAAGGGUCCAAACAGGACGUGGAGGAACCAAGUCCAACUGAGGCUGUUCAUAAUGCAACAGAAGCUGGAGAGGAAGAUCAACCAGUGGUACAAUGGAAAGCAAGGAGAGGAAGAUCAAAGAAAAACACGAAGGCAGCUAAAAAACAAAUGGCCGCCUUGAAGAAGCAUCUCAAUGAAACUGUCAAUAAAGAAGAAGAACUUACCGACGGGACAACCUCAACCAGAAACGAGGAAGCUGUAGCUUCUACCAAUGAUCAAGUUCAGGAGAUGAUGAGGAUGAUGAUGGAGACCAGCAGAUCUCCAGAUCUGCUGGUCUCAGAGGAACAGAGUCUGACUCAGUUAGCUGGAGGCGUUAGCGAUGCUGAAGUAACGAUAUCUGGUGUAAAAGGGUCCAAACAGGAAGAACUGGAGGAACCGAGUCCAACUGAAGCUGCUAAUAAUGUGAAAGAUACUGAAGAGGCACAGGAGGCUGAGGAAGAUCAACCAGUGGUACAACUGAAAGCAAGGAGAGGAAGACCGAAGAAAAACACCAGAGCAACUAAAAAACAAAUGGCCGCCUUGAAGAAACAGAGUCUCUCCAGUCCAGGAGCUGAUGAAGAAGGUCCUGCAGAAGAACCUACUGAUGAUACAAACUCAACCGCUCGUAAAGAAGAUGGAGAGAAAACAGUGGAGAUGGCAAGAAUUGAGGAACAGGAAGAUCCGCAACUUCAAGUUGUAGCUUCUAUCGAUGAUCAAGUUCAGGAGAUGAUGAGCGAAGAAGAAAGAAGUGGAGCAAAGGAUGAAGUUAAAGCUGAAAGAGAAGACACGAUAACAACUGGUUCCACAGAGGAGCAGAGUCUGUUAGCUGGUUCUAAUGGGUCAAAACAGGAAGUCUUGGGAGAACAGACUCUGACUCAGGCUGCUAAUGACUUGACAGAUGCUAACAUAGCUUUAGUUGCAACAAAAGAUUUCAAACAGGAAAUCCUACAGCAACCAAGUCUGACUUUAGCUGGUGUUGGUGAUGCUAAAGUAGCAUUAUCUGGCGGAGAGGACAUCAAACACAAAGUCUUGGAGCAGCAGAAUCUGAGUCUGUUAGCUGGUGGUGUUAGCGAUGCUGAAGUAGCGAUAUGUACAGGAGGGUCCGAGCAGGAAGUCGUAGAGGAACAGAGUCUCACUCAGUUAGCUGGUUGUGUUAGCAUUGCUGCAGUAGACUUACCUGGUACAGAAGGGUCCAAACAAGACGUUUUGAAGGAACAGAGUCUGAGUCAAUUACCUGAUGAAGUAACAGAAGUUGGUUUGGAUUCAUCUGUUGCUGAACAGUCGGAAGAAAACAUCUUAAGAGGAGAAAGUCUGACUCGAUUAGCUGAAGAUGUAAAUGUCACUAAUGAAGAUUUAUCUGACGAGGAAAGAUCCAAAAUAAAGAUUUUAGAGGAGUUUUUAUCUCAAUUUUCUGAUGAUGAUGUUGAGAAUUUACCUGCUGCAGAGGAAAAGAGUCUGACUGAGGCUGCUAAUGAUGUGAAAGAUGCUAAAGUAGCAUUAGCUGGUGCAGAAGAAUCCAAACAGGAAGUUUUAGAGGAACAGAGUCUGACUUUGUUAGCUGGUGUUAGCGAUGCUAACGAGGCUUUAGCUGGUAUGGAAGAAUCCAAACAGGAAGUUUUAGAGGAACAGAGUCUGACUUUGUUAGCUGGUGUUAGCGAUGCUAACGAGGCUUUAGCUGGUGCGGAGGAGUCCAAACAGGAAGUUGUAGAGGAACAGAGUCUGACUUUGUUAGCUGGUGUUAGCGAUGCUAACGAGGCUUUAGCUGGUGCGGAGGAGUCCAAACAGGAAGUUUUAGAGGAACAGAGUUUGACUUUGUUAGCUGGUGUUAGCGAUGCUAACGAGGCUUUAGCUUGUGCGGAGGAGUCCAAACAGGAAGUUUUAGAGGAACAGAGUUUGACUUUGUUAGCUGGUGUUAGCGAUGCUAACGAGGCUUUAGCUGGUAUGGAAGAAUCCAAACAGGAAGUUUUAGAGGAACAGAGUCUGACUUUGUUAGCUGGUGUUAGCGAUGCUAACGAGGCUUUAGCUGGUGCGGAGGAGUCCAAACAGGAAGUUUUAGAGGAACAGAGUUUGACUUUGUUAGCUGGUGUUAGCGAUGCUAACAAGGCUUUAGCUGGUGCGGAAGAGUCCAAACAGGAAGUCGUAGCUGGUGAUUUAACAAAUGCUGAUCCUGAAGGAACAAAACGGGACGAUUCAGAGGAACAGAGUCUGGAUCAGCUCACCUGUAAUUCAGAGAAUUUAUCUCCAGAAGAAUCUGUAGCAGGACCAAAAGAAAUGAUACCAGAACCUGAGACUAAAACCAAUCCUGACCCCCGGGAGGAGAAGAUGGAGGACAAAGAUGGCUCCCUCAUGUCUGAGGUCUUGUUGGAUGGAAAUGAAGCUGAGAUUAAACCAGACGAAACCCCAGAAUCUAAGAGCAAACAUGAAGAUGAGACUGUGAAUGUUGUAACAGCAGCAGAAGAAGAAACAAAGGAAGUAAAAGCUCCCAGAACCAGAGGCCGACCCAGAAAGAAAGCGAAGAUGACUCCUGUGAGAAAAUCCGCCAGAGGUCAAACGGUCAGCGCCGAACCAGAAUUAGAAGGAGAAGAAGAAGAGAAGGAGUCCAGCGUGGGUCAAACAAAAGUUGUUGGCAGACAGCGGAGCGAGCCGGUUGGACCUGGAGCAAAGAGAUCUCGAUCCCAGUCUCCUACUGUUGCUGCCAACGUCAACCUGCCGCCAUUCGACCCGCAGCGCCCUCUAGGUCAGGAGUUCACGGUCCAGAAACUGGCGUAUUUCUGUAACCUUUGCUCGGUUUUCUACCUCAACGAAGGCGCUGAUAAAGACCUGCACUGCUGCAGCAGGACCCACUACGACAAUCUGCAGAGACAUUACCAGGAGCUCCAGCAGAAGCCUUCAGAAAAUCCCCACGGUUGGAUUUCUGACUGAAAAUAAAUAACGAUGGAGUAAAAGUUUGUUUCAGCGAUGAACUGAUGGUUAAACUUUGUACAUUUUCUUUUUCUUUAUUUGAUCUGUUUGGUUUAGUUAAUAAAAGAAAUGCCCUCAAUGAUUUUUCUGUAAAUAUUUUAAUUUCUAGCCUUAUAGAGCUUAUUUCCCACCCGGAAAUCCACUAAAGUUUAUAAAAUAUUUUAUAAC